GACCCGGCCGACCGAUCUCGCCAGGAAAAAUUCACCAUCUUCUGCCUCUCCGGCACUCUCACAGAUUGUUCUUUCUUUCUCCAGUUCCUUCGAUUUCUCUCCGUGUUCUGUUAUUUCAAUAGCUUCUUAUAGAUCUCCGUGUUGUAUUGUUUGAAUUGUAGUUUUCUUCCCUCUUUUCCCCCUUCCGUUGUUUUUUCUUUCUCUCUGUUUUGUUUAAUCCGAUCUGAAAUUCUGUUAUGUUACAAUUUUUACAUCCGAUUCUUCAACCGACUGCCCGAACUCACAAGAGACAGAUUUGAGCAUUACAGAAUGAAUCAAGGAGCGAACACUCAGGCCGUUGCUACACUGGACCCAAAUUCGAUUGAGAAUCGAUACGGUGUUGAUGGAAGUCAAAUACAGUCGUCUUCAUAUCAAUACUUGAGUGGGUCUGACACUUCUACAUGGACAACUAAUAGAGUGGAAAAUCAGGCUGUGGAGAAUGGGAAUUAUUCAAGUUUGAAUUAUUACCAGCCACAGCCUACGGAGCAAGCCACAAGAACUGUCCAGGAAGCGUCAAAUUCUGUGCCUGUGCCUAGCUCAUCUACUUCGGGAACUGCAAAUGUAGCUCAAGAGUAUAGUGGAUACACAUCAUACCCGAGUUCUACUGAUCCUUAUAAUUAUGCAAGCACGGGUUACUCAAAUUAUUACAGUGGCUAUCAGCAGCAACCUAACCACUCAUAUACUCAGCCUGUAGGGGCAUAUCAAAACACAGGUGCUCCUUAUCAGCCUAUUUCCUCAUUUCAGAAUACAGGGUCUUAUGCUGGGACUGCAAGUUAUUCAGGAAUUUACUACAAUCCUGCUGAUUAUCAGACUGCUGGAGGUUAUCCAAGUACAAGUUAUAAUAAUCAAACUGCUGGAGGCUAUCCAAGUACAAGUUAUGGAAAUCAGACUGCAGCGUGGAAUCAGGGAAACUAUGCUGGCUACACAUCAAACACUUAUCAAACCUACCCUCCUGACACCAGUAGUGCCCAUACUUCAAGUGUUGCAUCCACAACCUCUGUGCAUUAUCAACAAAAUUACAAACAAUGGUCUGACUAUUACAGUCAAACGGAAGUUCCUUGUGCCCCUGGGACGGAGAAGUUGUCUGUCUCCAGUGCAUCCAGUCAGAGUUUUCCCGUUCCUGGUGUUACUAGUCAAAUUCCUCCUUCUGAUGGUCAGCCUGCUCCGUCUUUCGUACAAUCCUGGAGGCCAGAAACAAAUUCAUCCCAAACACCUCCGCAGCCUGGUGCAGCAGUGAGUGUUUCUAAUGAUGCUUAUUGGAUGCAUAACACGCCGAGCCUGCAAAGUCAUCAUCCUUCUUCUACACAAAACCAUUAUCAAAGCCCCUUGGAGGUGAAACAUUUGUAUGAAACCUCCUUUCAAAAUCAUCAGGCAGUUGCAUAUCCUCAAGGAUUGAACUCUCAGUCAUUCGCUCAUCAGGCACCCGCACCCCCAGAUUAUCACCAGCCUCCCCAGACUCCCCAGACAGCACCAUCAUUAGAUACCCGUAGGGUAAGCAACCUACAGAUCCAGACCAACCCUAGAAUUGCUUCAAAUUUGCCAUUAGGUUUUACCAAAACGGAUAAAGAUAGCUCAGCAGUUGGCGCAGCCAAAAAGCCUGCAUAUGUUAGCGUCUCGAUGCCAAAGCCUAAAGACCAUACUACUGGUAUGCCUGAGGCUGGCGCAUUCCCAAAGUCGCUGCGUGGAUUCGUUGAGAGGGCUUUUGCCUGCUGCAAAGAUGAUAAAGAAAAGGCAUCUUGUCAGGUUGCCUUGAAGGAGAUCAUCAGCAAAGCAACAGCUGAUGGUACCCUCUAUACUAGGGACUGGGAUACUGAGCCUUUUUCAUCUGUACUUAACAUGGAUAUGACCAACGAGUUGCAAAGUUCAACCCCCACUUUUUCAUUACCAAAGAAGAGUCCUACAAGGCGAUCAAAAAGUAGAUGGGAGCCACUGUCAGAAGGAAAACCAGUUGCCAAAUUGCCUACCACUUGGAGCAGUGAUUUGAAGUUUGGAGGUUGGAGCCUUCAAAGUGAGAAGGAGACAAAGGGUUUGGAAAGUUCUCAAAAGGUGGACGGUUUCACUGACUUUAAAUCGACUUAUUCCGGCCCAAACUCUGCCAAAAAGAAUUUUCAGCGACCUGUCAAGCGGCAGCGUUUUGCUGAUGGUGCAACUGCUGCUGUUGAUAAUGAUGGAUCAAGUGACAGUGACAAGGAGCAGAGUUUGACUCCUUACUAUUCUAGUGCAAUUGCACUUGCUAGUUCAGCAGAGGAAAAGAAACGGCGUGAAAGUCGCUCCAAGCGUUUUGAAAAAAGUCAAGGGCGCAGCAGGCAGAGCAACAAUUUCAAAUCGAAGAAUGCUAGUGUUGGAAACCUGUAUUCUAGAAGAGCUACUGCAUUAGUGCUAAGCAGAAAUUAUGAUGAUAGUGGCAGCAGAGCCGUGGAAGACAUUGACUGGGAUGCACUAACUGUUAAAGGAACCUGCCAGGAAAUUGGGAAACGCUAUCUCCGUCUUACAUCUGCACCGGAUCCUUCCACCGUAAGGCCAGAAGAUGUGCUAGAAAAAGCUUUGUUGAUGGUCCAGGACUCUCAAAAGAACUAUCUUUAUAAAUGUGAUCAGUUGAAAUCUAUUCGCCAAGAUCUUACAGUACAAAGGAUACGCAAUCAGUUAACUGUUAAGGUUUAUGAAACACAUGCGAGAUUGGCAUUGGAGGCUGGGGACUUGCCCGAGUACAAUCAGUGCCUAGCCCAGCUGAAAAUCCUCUAUGCUGAAGGUAUUGAAGGAUGCUGUCUGGAGUUUGCUGCUUAUGACUUGCUUUAUAUUACUUUGCACUCUAAACAUAACCGUGAGCUUCUAUCAUCUAUGUCAAGAUUGUCUGAUGAAGCAAAGGAGGACGAAGCAGUAAAACAUGCGCUAUCAGUUCGUGCAGCAGUCACUUUGGGAAAUUAUGUUACAUUCUUCAGGCUCUACAAGACUGCACCAAACAUGAACAGCUGCCUCAUGGAUCUUUACGUGGAGAAGAUGCGUUUUAAGGCUGUGAACUGUAUGGCUCGUGCUUAUCGUCCCACGGUACCUGUUUCAUAUUUAGCUCAAGUCUUGGGCUUUACUGAAAAUUCAAGUGAAGGUGGUGAUGAAAAGGAGAACGGUGGGAUGGAGGAAUGUUUGGAAUGGCUGAAAGCUCAUGGGGCAAGCCUCAUUUCUGACAGUAGUGGAGAACUGCUCCUUGAUGCUAAGGCUUCAUCAUCUAGUCUGUGCAUGCCAGAACCCGAAGACGCGGUGGCCCACGGAGAUCGUAAUCUAGCUGUCAACGAUUUUUUCACUCGUACACUGUCAUAGAUACCGACAUAGCUUGUAGCCGAGCAUAGUAGAACUUCCCUCGGGAUACAUCACGUGCGAUUUUUAAAUCACGACAGAGACGGGAGGAAGGAGAUGAACAUGAAAGGAACCCGAGGACAACAAGGUACAAGCAAGGCCCUUGAAUCUGAUGUGACGUAAUCUCAGGAGAACUUGGGGUUUUUUUUAUAGGUUGGAGAAAAAAGGGUUUUGAAAGAGGAAGCUCAUUUUGUGGUUGUAGGGUUUUUUUUUUUGGGUCUUAAGUUUGUGAAUAUAGAAUUGAAUCAUAAUUCUUUCAAUAUCCGAGAACAAGAGAUGCAUAAAAAAAAUGUAUGGGAUUGUGGGGAAAGUAUGGUUUUCUACUCGUCUGUUUGGAUAUUUUCCCUCAUUUUCCCGGGAAUACAAGAAUUUGAUUGCCAUUUUGACA